AUACCUUUAACAAAAUAGAGUAAUCGAAUUUCCAGAAAUGGCAGAGUUAGCUACACUACUUCAUCAAGAAAUUCCAGAAGGAAGACAUAAUCUUUCAGAUAGUCAUACUAAUCUUGAACGUGUUGCUGAUUAUUGUGAAGCUAAUUAUUUUCAAGCAGAUAACAAACGUAUUGCUUUAGAAGAGACAAAAAAUUAUACUACUCAAUCUCUUGCAAGCGUUGCUUAUCAAAUAAAUACAUUAGCAUAUAAUUUUCUACAAUUACUUGAUUUACAAUCUUCUCAAUUGUCAGAAAUGGAAAGUCAGAUGAAUCAUAUUUCUCAAACUGUAAUGAUUCAUAAAGAAAAAGUAGCAAGAAGAGAAAUUGGUGUACUCACAGCAAACAAAAUGACUUCCAGACAGUAUAAAAUCAUUGCUCCUGCAAAUCCAGAAAAACCUAUUAAGUAUGUAAGAAAAAAUAUUGAUUAUACUAUUUUUGAUGACAUUGGACAUGGAGUACGAGGUACAGAAACUCCUAGAAUUAAGCAACGAGGAGGAAGUCAAAGUAGUGUUCAGAGUUUAGGAGCAUCUUCAACUGGUUCUGGAUUAAUUUCAAAUAUAGUAGGACCAGCCCCAACAACAAAACCACCUACUCCACCACAAGUAGGAAGAACAGGAACAUUAAACAAAAGCUCCAAAGAAUAUAGAACACCACCAGCUGUUGCACCUCCUCAAGUACCAAGUCAUUAUGCUCCAAAUUAUCCUUUAGGGCACCCUAGAAGAGAAAGAGGACCUGGAUAUAGUACUCUUCCAAUGCAUAUUCACACUACACACUCUAAUAAUUCAAACAUAAUACUUAGUCAUCCAUUACAAGUUGGAACAGUACAUCCUCUUCAAAAUCAUAUACAAAGUUCAACAGCAACAGUGCAAAAUUUAAAUUCAAUUCAGAUUGGAAUAUCUUAUAAUCAGGAGCAUCAUAUUAAUAUGCCACCACCACCAUCUCCGCUUACAGCAAAUUCAGAAGUAUUGGAUUAUUCUGGUCAUAAUACUCUACCUCAUAGAUUUCCUCAUCAAUAUAAUUGUAGUGGAACUGGUAGUCCUCCAUUACCUCCACCUCCUUCAGAUCAUGAAGAACUUUCUCAAUUUGGUAGAUUAGUCUCAUGUACUGGAACUAUUAGACCAAUUGUACCUGAAGAAGAAGAUCUACCUGGAUGGGUUCCAAAAAAUUACAUAGAAAAAGUGAUUGCAAUUUAUGAUUAUUAUGCAGACAAAGAAGAUGAAUUAAGUUUUCAAGAAAGCUCAGUUAUAUACGUUCUAAAAAAAAAUGAUGAUGGUUGGUGGGAGGGUGUGAUGGAGGGAAUUACAGGAUUAUUUCCAGGAAAUUAUGUUGAACAUUGUGUAUAAAUUCUAUAUCGUGUGAUACUUGAAUAAAAAAAUUCAC